AUGAAUCGCACGCGUCAUAGAGCGAUGCGCCCGAUACGUGAUGCCGACGGCGAAUACAUCAACAAGUCAGAUUACAUCGGGGCUCCCCCUCAACGCCGCGAAGGCAAGAGAGGUUUUCUGGGUGCAUUCCGACGCCGCCAAACUGCCCAACAGCCCAUCAACCCCGACAUGCUGCCGAUGCACCAACAGCCCGGCGACGUGCAGACGCACCAGGUGCCGGCGGCGUCGUGGGGCGAGGUGUCCUCACUGCACGACAGCGACCGGCUCUACUUUAAUGACGGCGACGACCGCGAUGAGCACGGCCCGCCGGUCCAGAUCAAGCCGACGACGGCGCCCCGGCCGGCUGCCGAUGUCUAUGCCGAGGGCGAUGUCAGUCACAUGGACUAUGAUCUCUACCAACCUCCCCCAAACGGCAAGGACUUGAGCAAUGAUCCUAGCGAGAUUGGGCGGCGACAUGAAACGCGGGCGUCGCGGAUCGAGAGACUGGUGGAGAGUUGA